UCUAAAUCGUACACUAAAAGAAAGUUCGUAUGAAAUUGGACAAAGUCACAUGUGGGUCGAUUUUGAGAUUAACCAUUAAAUUGUAGUUUUUGGAACGUUGAGAGAAAUUACUGGAAGAGUGGAAGCAAGUGCAAUAGUGAACAAAAGUUACUGUACAUUACGUGAGGCUUUGAUAGUAUAAUUUUCAUUUUCUAUUGACAUAUUCAAGUUGUUUCAUUAUGUCAGAUUGGGACACUGCUCCUAUUACCUUGCGAAAACGUCCUCCAAAAGCCUCUGUACUUAAAUCAGAACAGGCGGUGAAUGCUGCACGUCGUCAAGGAUUCGUCAUUGAAACACAAGCAAAAUGGGGUGGUGGAACAAACAGGCAGCACGUAGCAACUAAAAAUACUGCUAAAUUAGACAGAGAAACCGAAGAACUUAAACAUGACAAAAUUCCACUUGAUCUUGGUAAAUUAAUCCAACAGGGACGACAAAGUAAAGGAUUAUCUCAGAAAGAUCUUGCAACGAAAGUAAAUGAAAAGGCACAAGUUAUCAAUGACUAUGAAGCAGGUCGUGGAAUUCCAAAUCAAAUGGUGAUUGGUAAAAUUGAACGAGUAUUGGGAAUAAAAUUACGUGGAAAAGAUCGUGGUAAACCAUUAGCAGCUCCUGGGGCAAAAAAAUGAAUCUCGGGGAAAAAAAACUCUACUUCUUAUCCUUAUAUAUUGUUCCCUAAACAGAACUGCGAGAAAAAUUGUAGGAUCAAGAACAUCUACUAUUUCCACCUCCUUUACCUUUGGUUACUUUAUAAUAUACUUUAAAAUAAAACACUAUUUUAUUAAAUAUA